AUGCGUUGCAACUACUAUGGAAACUCCUGCGGAAGCUAUGGCUAUGGCUCAGGCUGCGGUUAUGGCUGUGGCUAUGGCUUAGGCCGUGGUUAUGGCUGUGGCUAUGGCUCCCAUUGUGGCUCUAAGUGUCGCUAUGGCUCUGAAUAUGGACAUGGCUGUGGCUAUAGCAGUGGCUAUGGCAGUGGCUACGGCUCUGGAUAUGGACAUGGCUGUGGCUAUAGCAGUGGCUAUGGCUCUGGAUAUGGAUAUGGCAGUGGCUAUGGCUCUGGAUGCUAUGGAUACAGGCCAUUCUACUACAGAAGAUGCUCUUCUUCUUGCUGCUAA